AUCUAGGGGCGGCGCGGAGCGGCUCCCCCAGCCGCCAGUGCCUGCGAGCUCCAGGCUGCUUGGGGAAUUCACUUUGCCGCUUUUCCGCUUCUCCCUCUUCAGGCUUCUGAUGGCUUUCUAUCUCCGGCCCUAUCCUUUUCUUUAAAAGGAAAACUUCACUGAGAUUUUUUUCUUUCCCUUUGGAGGAGAGGAUUAAAAGUUCUCAGAACUGGUGCCGGCCGUGCCGCUCGGGCGCUGGGACGCCGUUUGCCGGCGGGGGUUCCAGUCCCACCAUGUGCACCAACAUAGUUUACGAAUGGCUGAAAGCGCUGCAGCUCCCGCAGUACGCGGAGUCCUUCGUGGAUAACGGCUACGAUGACCUGGAGGUGUGCAAGCAGAUCGGGGACCCGGACCUGGACGCCAUCGGGGUGCUGGCGCCCGCGCACCGGCGUCGCAUCCUGGAGGCCGUGCGCCGGCUGCGGGAGCAGGACGCCGCCGCCGCCGGCCUCUACUUCACGCUGGAGCCGCAGCCGCCGCCCGCGCCACCCGGGCCGCCUUCGGUCGCCGUCCCCACUCGCCGCCGGGGGGAGCCUUGCGGCGGCCAGGCCCAGGGCCCCCGCGGGGAUCCCCGCAGCCUGACGACCGCCCCUCGCGGCAGGGAGCUGGUGAGCUACCCGAAGCUGAAGCUGAAGAUCAUGAUCAGGGAUAAGCUCGUCCGCGACGGCAUCCACCUGAGCAAGCCCCCGUACUCCCGCAAGGUCCCAAUGGCUGGCAUCCUAGAGUUCUUAAUGAAUUGGCCGAAGUCAUCACAGAACCGCUAGAUAUCAUUUUUGAGAACUCGUGGAGGACUGAUGAGGUGCCUGAAGACUGGAAAAGGGCAUAUUUAGAGCCUUCUUUCAAAAAGGGAAAUGGAUGAUGACCCUGGAAAUACUCAUCAGCCUAACUUUUUGCUUGGAAAAAUUCUGGAAUAAUCAACUUAGUACACUGGGUAACGAACUUAUAAUAGCUAGACAAAAGGCAGUGAAAUAUCACACAUAAAGAAGUACUGAGUUCAUUUUUUAAAGACACACCAUUGUGAGAUACAGUCUUCUACAUAUUUUGGGAUUCUGCCCUCGGUACUAUGAAUUCUUGCUGCAAAUAAGUGAGGUUGGCUAAGGCAUUUGGGUACUGACUAAUUUUAAGUGGUAAUACAAGACAAAAAGAUUUCUGGCAAUAGCUAGAAAUUACAUCAUUUCCAAAUUAGCCUUUAA